AUGGAGGACGACAUUGCCAUCGUAGGCAUUGGUCUGCGAUUCCCUGGCGAUGCCUCUUCCCCAGAAGAACUUUGGAAAGUUUUGGAGCGUGGAGAGUCUCAGUGGUCUGAAUUCCCCAAAGACCGUCUCAACAUCGACGGGUACUAUCAUCCUAGUGGUGAUCGACAGGGCAGUAUUUCUUUCCGAGGAGCUCAUUUCAUCAAGGGCAAUUUUGCUUCUUUUGAUGCUUCCUUCUUCUCAAUUUCCGCGGAAGAUGCCAAAGCUAUCGACCCCCAACAACGAAUUCUCCUUGAGGCUUCAUAUGAGGCACUUGAAAAUGGUCGGUCUACCAAGUGCUUAUCUAUACUGGUCGAAACUGACGAUGGAACUUUAGCGGGAAUCCGCAAAGAAGAUAUCGACGGCAGCGAUGCGGCUGUGUACGUCGGUUCUUUUGUCAAAGAUUACGAGCAAGUCUGUCUCCGAGAUCCUGAUUGGCAGCCUCAGUACGCUGCUACUGGAAACGGCAUUGCCAUAAUGGCAAAUCGAAUCUCGCACUUCUUCAACCUUCAUGGCCCGAGCAUGACUAUUGACACAGGCUGCAGUGGCAGUCUUGUGUCUGUUCACCUUGCCUCGCAGAGCCUCCGGGCAAAAGAGACAUCACUUGCGAUUGCCGCUGGGGCUGGCAUGAUUCUUACGCCAAAUACGAUGAUGCCUAUGACAGCUCUGAAUUUCCUAAGCCCUGAUGGUAAAUGCUUCACUUUCGACUCUCGAGCCAAUGGUUAUGGUAGAGGCGAGGGUAUCGGUGUUGUUGUCAUGAAACGUUUAUCAGAUGCCAUUCGUGAUAACGAUACAAUUCGUGCAGUUAUUCGAGCAACAAAGGUCAACCAGGACGGUCA